GGCAGAGAGGUGAAAAGUAAGAAGCAGAGCAGAACAGGUUCUUUGAGCUGGGUCAGAGACUAAAAGCCUGGAAUAAACAUGUUGGAAUGCUUCAUGUUCUCAAAACAUUUUUCAGGACUGACUUUCUCCUGACUCUCCUGGGUCUAAAUCAGGAAUUACAUAAAUAAGAUAGCCUAACCUUUGCUUCUGCAUCAACAGGUUUUUGGGAGUCAAAUCUGGAGGGCGUGUAGAAAUGACCAGGUCAGGUGCACACAAGCUUAUGUUGGGGUUCCUGUUCACCUGCAUCACAAUGAUGUUCUACUGUUUUUCGGCACCGUCUUUCCGAACCAACACGCCAAGAUUUCCAGGGCCAGCUCCGUGUGCAAAUAAAAGCCUAAAAUGGCAAAUGAAGAAGGACAGUUUCUCUACAACUAAAGAGGAGCAUUGCGUGCCAAAAGUGAACCUGAUGUUCUUGAAGACCCACAAAUCAGCAAGCAGCACUAUUCUCAAUAUUCUUCUCCGUUAUGGAGAGAAGAACGGGCUGAAAUUUGCUCUUCCUAGUGGUCGUAAUGAUUUCUCUUAUCCAUCUACAUUUACACGAAUGCAAGUGAAGGAUUACAGACCAGGUGAAUGCUUCAAUAUCAUCUGCAACCACAUGCGUUUUAAUGCUCCUGAGGUUGAAGCGCUUUUACCAGACGAUGCAUUCUUCUUCACCAUACUCAGAGACCCAGCUCUGGUCUUCGAGUCCUCGUUCCAUUACUACAAAAGGGUAGUGCCCUUGACAUGGAGGAUCCAUGGUGAGAAUAAACUAAGAGAUUUUCUGAAUAAGCCACAAAUCCAUUUUGACUCGGAAGGAUUCAACUCCUUUUAUCUGAAGAACCUUAAUUUUUUCGACCUUGGUUUUGACAACACGUUGGAACCAAAGGAUCCAAUAGUGGACAGCGCCAUUCAUGAUAUUGGAGAGCGCUUCCAGCUCGUCCUGAUUGCUGAGCAUUUCGAAGAGUCACUCAUUCUGCUCAAGGAUGCUCUCUGCUGGCAGAUGGAUGACUUGCUGUUCUUCAAUAUGAACACACGCAGGCCUACAAGUGUGUCCCAACUCACACCCGAGCUGAGGGCCAAGGCUCGUGAGUGGAAUGGGGUUGACUGGAAGCUCUACCGUUACUUCAAUGCCACUCUCUGGGCCAAAGUCGACGCCUACGGAAGGAAGCGCAUGGAGAAGGAGGUGAAAGAGUUGCGCCAGAGGAACAGUGAGAUGGCAGCGAUUUGUAUUAGCGGUGGGAUGGCUGUGGAGGCUCAGGACAUAAGGGACCAAAGCAUGCGGCCCUGGCAGCCUGUUGGAGAGAGCUCUAUUUUGGGAUACAACAUGAGGAGCAACAUUGCACAGCAAUACAGGGAGCUCUGCCGAAAGAUGCUAACGCCCGAAAUUCAGUACCUAACAGACCUAGGAGUAAAUCUGUGGAUAACCAGACUGUGGGGCUGGAUCAAAACUAUUUUCUCAUUAUGAUUAUUGAAAUAGUGCCAUUCUGUCUAUCCUCAUGACUUCCUAAUGAAGAAUGGAACAAUUGUAUUUUAUUUAAAAAUUUUUUUUUUUUUUUUUUUUUUACAAAUAAUUUAACAUAUUUCAUGACAUGAUGGUGGCAAAGAAAUAGCAGCCUUUGCAGUAAAUGAGCAUGCUUAAUACUUAUUGUGUGUGUAAUAAUAUGUAAAAUGUUUAAAUAGAUAUUUAACUAUGAAAUGUACUAUAAUCCUUUAUGAUAUUUUUGUGAAAAUAAUCCUGGGUGCAAUUCCAUAACAUUUUCUUUUCCCCUCUCUGACUUUCGAUGACUUCACACAUUCUCUGAUGAUCUAAUUUGCCAAAAGCUGUCGUUCCCCCUCUAUUCUUCUCCCUAUUCGUACAUGGCACAAUCUGUUUCCACAAUCUGUUUCCCCCUCCUAUUUGACUAACAUGGUUUUCUCCCCUUUCUACAGAAGCUUCUCUUUUCCAACAAUGCUACUACCUGCAUGUAGAUCUUUCCACAGCUGAAUCUUUCACGGCCUCUUCUUCUUCAUCACUAACAUUGUAAACAUCUGGCCAGGUCUUGACUGGCUUUAAAUAAACUUUCUUCCGGCUUCUCCCGUUAGGGGUCACCACAGCGGAUCAUCCGCAUGUUUGAUUUGGCACAUGUUUUUACGAUGGAUGCCCUUCCUAAUGCAACCCUCCCCAUUUA